UGACGGGACAGGCUGCUGUCCCUGCUGCAGGACUGGACAUGGCAGCGCUGCGCUUGCUGUACCGGGCUGCCCGCCCAGGCACGCCGGCCACUCUGUGCUACUUGCGCCCGCUCAGCACCGCUGCCCCCAGGCAGUCCUACAAGUAUGUCAACGUCCAGGACCCAGCCAUGGACAUCAAGUCUAUCACUGACCGGGCUGCUCAGACCCUACUGUGGACAGAGCUCUUCCGGGGCCUGGCCAUGACUCUGAGCUACCUCUUCCGGGAACCGGCCACUAUCAACUACCCCUUUGAGAAGGGCCCGCUGAGCCCUCGCUUCCGCGGGGAGCACGCGCUGCGCCGCUACCCGUCUGGGGAGGAGAGGUGCAUUGCCUGCAAACUCUGCGAGGCUGUCUGUCCGGCCCAGGCAAUCACCAUCGAGGCAGAGCCCAGAGCGGACGGCAGCCGCCGAACCCCCCGUCAGGCCGAGCCCGAGGAAGAACUUCUCCUGUCCCGCUUCUGGCAGGGCCCGAACUUUGAGUUCUCGACGGAGACGCACGAAGAGCUCCUCUACAACAAGGAGAAGCUGCUCAACAACGGUGACAAGUGGGAGGCCGAAAUCGCUGCCAACAUUCAGGCUGAUUACCUGUACCGGUGACCGCUGGACCCCGCGCAGCCUGCCCGCGCCGUGCCCUCCCUGCUCCUGUAAUAAAGAGCCUCGGGGUGCCGCCGCAGCCCUCUGUGCUGGAGGCAGCGGCCCCUUCCUAACCCAGA